UUUUUCUUUUUUUUUGUUCCCCUCCCCGCUCCAAGAGCUGCUGUCUUUGCAGCCUAUCAAACGGAGUUUUUUUUUUUUUUCUCUUCUUUUUUUCCCUAUACCUUGUCGAGUUCAAGGUGCAUGGUCUUUUAUUACGGUAAUAAUAGCGGUGCCGGCGGCGGUGGCCAACUCCACUCUCCCUCCGCGGAAGCAGAGAGGCUAUUACGGCAGCAGGCAGGUACCGCAGUGGAAAGGGGAAAUAAAAUGAAAAAGAAAAAGGCUCGGGAGGAAGAUGGAGGUUAGCUUAGCAGCCGUGAGGAUGUCGUCGUAGGAGGGAUUUGGGAGAGUCUGCAGGUCAACAUAAGUGGUAAAUUUAAUUAGUGAUCCGUAUGAUGGAGGGCCAGGAUUGGGAUUCUGCUGGUGUUUUGGCUGGGCUAGUGCCUGCCUAACUAACCCAGGGUGUGAUAGCGUCCUUGAGAAAUGAUUGCGAAAAUAAAUAUUCUUUUGGAUUAUUUUAGUUUUAUUUUUUCUUUCUGGUUUAGAGGG